GUCUUCGGGGAUGCGCGUUACGGUCAAAGUUGGUCAGAAGAUUGGCCUUUCGCUCACCUGCGCGUGGCCAGGAAUAGCGAAAUUCCGCACGACCAGGGCUUCCUCUUUGGACGACCAACUCUUCCCCACUCCGAUAGCACAACCUUAAAGUACACGAGUCUUGAUUCCGGUUCAGCUUAUGAACCGCCAUCAUCUCCACCGGAUCCUCCAAAGGCAGUGGCUCACCGAGUGCCUACAAGAUCUCAGACCAGCUGUGCACCCUCGGCUGUACAUCGUCGCUCGCAGUCGCCAGACUCAUCAGGCUCCGAUUCGAACCAAGCAAUUGGGGCUUCAGCCAAGUUACAUCCUCCCCAUCUGCCCAACGAGCAGGCCGUCAACGGGACGCGGGAAAUAAUCAAGGCAACCAGGCCCGGUAUCACGAUGCGCAAUUUUGCACCCAACGAUGUUUACUCGAAUUGCAGUCUAGCGACAAAAACAUUGACCGAUGCACACCUCUUGGCGGUUGCGGGGCAUACGCCGUUUAAACUUACUUGUGUUGAAUAUGGCUACACUAUUGUUAGAAAAGGAACCACGUCGGGGCUGUGGAAAGAAGUCUCCCGCGAAGUGCAGGUAUACUAA